AUGUCAUAUGGAUCAUGUCGACCUAAAAUUGUAUUUCCUAUUACAAAAAGAGAAGAUGGCUCAUCUUAUCAUUUGUCUUCUUAUUAUUAUGAAAAACCUUUAAAAUUUGGUGUAAUAGUGCCGAGACUUUGGCUAUGUUAUUCAGUUGGUUUGGAUUGCGUAUAUUGUGAGACAUGUUGGCUCUUUGCUAAUCGCCAUUAUUCAUAUUUUCAAAAAGCUUGGAUCAAUGGUGUAAAUGACUGGCCAAAUUUAACUAAUAAAAUAACUACCCAUGAAAAGUCAUUGCAACAUAUUGAAGCAAGUAAAACUCGUGCCUUAUGGAAACAAAAUGAAACAAUUGACAAAAUAUCUGAACGACAAUACUCAGAGGAGGCCUUGUUUUGGAGAAAUAUAUUAGAAAGAAUAAUUAAAAUAAUUCUUUUUCUAACUGCUGGUAACACAGCACUAAGAGGACAUGAACACAAACAAAAAUGUAAUUCAGAGCAUUUUUAUGGCGAAGGUAAUUUUAUGCGUUCAGUACGUUUGUUAGCUGAAUAUGACCCUAUUAUUAAUCAACUUCUAAAUGAUGAAAAAAAAAAGGUGAAAUACUUCAGUUCGAAGGUACAGAAUGAAGUGAUUGAAUUACUUGCUACAAAUAUUCGAAAUCAUAUUUGUGAUGAAAUAAAAAUUCACAAUGUUUUUCAAUAA